GCUGGGCAGGGCGGGGCUGCUCGGGGGCGGGGCUCAGCGCCCGGCGGCUCCGCCUCUUCGCCCCCAAAGGGUGGGGCCGGGAACGGCGGAUGUCUGCAGGAGCUGCAGAGGUUUCGCAAGGACGUGACCCUAAGGGAUUUUCCUGCCAUUAAAUCUGGAGAAAGAAAAAUAAGCACUCAAACCUGCACAAGCAACUAUUUCUCCCCGCCCCUCCCCACUGACUUCUGGGUCAGGCCAUUUUUAGCGUCUGUGGCUGCUUGACUUGGGAGAUGGAUGAUGGGCUGGGGGAGCUGAAGGGCGCCUCGGAGGAGGAGGAGCGGGAUAAGACAGACCCCCAGGAUGGUAGGGAUCCCACAGCUGGGUGGUUCUAAGCCACCAGGUGCAUGAAAGGCUACGGGAUGCUGGUCCUUCUGCUGCAUGCAGUGAUCCUCGGCCUGCGCAGCGCUCAGGCCGCCGAGGACGCCUGCGCGAGCGCCUGCCCGGCCGCCUGCGUCUGCAGCAGCGUGGAGCGCGGCUGCUCAGUGCGCUGCGACCGCGCGGGCCUCCUGCGCGUGCCGGCAGAGUUCCCGUGCGAGGCGGCCUCCAUCGACCUGGACCGCAACGGCCUGCGCUUCCUGGGCGAGCGGGCCUUCGGCACGCUGCCGUCCCUGCGCCGCCUGUCGCUGCGCCACAACAAUCUGUCCUUCAUCACGCCCGGCGCCUUCAAGGGCCUGCCGCGCUUGGCCGAGCUGCGCCUGGCGCACAACGGCGACCUGCGCUACCUGCACGCACGCACCUUCGCCGCGCUCGGCCGCCUGCGCCGCCUCGACCUGGCCGCCUGCCGCCUCUUCAGCGUGCCCGAGCGCCUCCUGGCCAAGCUGCCCGCCCUGCGCGAGCUCGCCGCCUUCGACAACCUGUUCCGCCGCGUGCCCGGCGCGCUGCGCGGCCGCAACCUGACGCACGCGCACCUGGAGCGCAGCCGCAUCGAGGCCGUGGCCUCCAGCUCGCUGCUAGGCCUGCGCCGCCUGCGCUCGCUCAGCCUGCAGGCCAACCGCGUCCGCACUGUGCACGGCGGCGCCUUCCGCGACUGCGGUUCCCUGGAGCACCUGCUGCUCAACGACAACCUGCUGGCCGCGCUGCCGGCCGACGCCUUCCACGGCCUGCGCCACCUGCGCACGCUCAACCUGGGCGGCAACGCGCUGGGCCGCGUGGCGCGCGCCUGGUUCGCCGAGCUGGCCGAGCUCGAGCUGCUCUAUCUGGACCGCAACAGCAUCGCCUUCGUGGAGGAGGGCGCCUUCCAGAACCUCUCCGGCCUCCUGGCCCUGCAUCUCAACGGCAACCACCUCACCAUGCUCGCCUGGGCCGCCUUCCAGCCCGGCUUCUUCCUGGGCCACCUCUUUCUCUUCCGCAACCCUUGGCGCUGCGACUGCCGCCUGGAGUGGCUGCGGGACUGGAUGGAGAGCUUCGGGCGCGCAGCUGACGUGCCCUGCGCCUCCCCGGGCUCCGUGGCUGGCCUGGACCUCCGCCAGGUGGCCUUCGGGCACUCCUCCGACGGCCUCUGCGUGGACCCCGAGGAGCUGAACCUCACGGCGCCCAUUCCGGGCCCGUCGCCAGAGCCAGCGGCCACCACUGUGAGCAGGUUCAGCAGCCUCCUCUCCAAGCUGCUGGCCCCGAGGGCUCCGGUGGGGGAGGCGGCCAACACCACCGAGGGGCCGGUCAAUGCCUCGCUCUCCGACGGCCUUCCCUCCCGGGGGGUGGGAGGCUCCGGCCACAGGACCCCGUUUCUCUUGGGCUCUGGUCUCCUGCUCAGCGUGGCCCAGCACGUGGUGUUUGUCCUCGGGAUGGACUGACCUGCCGCCUGAGGUGGCUCAGACUGCCUUGGCCGGCUCGGGUGGGUUGGGGGCCUAGUUUAGUUAACUGGGUGUUUGGUGGAGGGGGGCAGGGGGGAACAGGAUGAGGGUAGGGGGUGAAAAUUCCAGCGGAGGGCUGAAGGGGAGAGGAGGACCCUGGGAAGUGCCAUAUGGGGAAUGGAGGAGGUUAAGGAUUUCUGCUCCUGUCACACGGGCAACACCUGGAAGAGAAGCAAGAAUGAACGUGCCCCCUCUGGUGAGAAGACUGGAAAUUGGAAGUUUCUAGGGCUGCGGGGCUCCACCUCCUCCCCGCCUCCCCGCCGCCGUCUUCCAGGAAACUGGGGCUGCACGCCUGAAUCAGAGCUAAUUCGUUGGCCAAGUACUAAAAACUGUGCCAGUUCUUCGGUGGGACAACCAGUAAGCCCAAUCCCUUUGUUUUCUACUACAGCCCUCCUCCCCCUCCCCCAGGGGCCUGGGCACACGAGGGUCCGGGAAGAUGGAUAGACAGGAGAGAAGGGCUGUGGGAGAGGGACUUAAGACCCGAGGCAAUGGCCGCGGUUGUUGCUGUCUGAGAUGUGUUUGGAAGCAUUUAAAACAACGAUUCAUGUCAUUUACUUCACAGUUAUUCCCAGAGGUGGCCUUAGUGGCAAAGUAACUUUAGGGCAGGGUAGGGGAAAAAAGAGGAGGGGGCAGUGUCUUUGGACAAAUAAAUUUGUAAGAUCCUAAGGCUGAAAAAAAAAAAAAAGAUUAAACAGGUUUCUCUUCUUCAGGAA